AUGCCUAAGUGUUUUGUAAACUCUGUUCGUCCGUUAAUGGAAUUUUUCAUUCAUGAAACAGAUGAAAUAAGAUCGGCACGGGGGCCAAAAAUGUCAUUAAAGAAACAGAAAACUCUCUUAAAGGCGAACGAAACGAUUUAUCAUGAUAAAGUGCCUAUAUCUACGCGAUUCUAUCUCCAGUUAUUGAAGAAAAGUCAAUUCUUACCACAGUUUACUGAUAACGAAAGUUACGAUUACGCGUCGGAAAGUGAAAAAGCCGUAAAUUCACCGGAACUUGGCAAAAAAAGUUCGAAUCAAAAACGGGAAGUUGAUAAAUCUACGUAUAAUCUAAGAUCUAACGAAUCGAAAACAGAACGGAAGGUUUUUAGUGAAAAAAAGCGUAGACGAAGGAAAAGGAACGAACCAACCGUAGCUACAGCCCCUGCUCCGCCUGAGACAAAGCAGACCGAAAAAAAAGUUAACAAAGAACCAUUGGCGCCUAUUAUAGAGGAAAUAAAAAGUAGAGAACCGUUCAAGAGUGCAUUCAAAGGUGGAUCUGAAAUUGAUAAAAUUGCUGAAAAAUUAAAAAGCCUGGUUCGCAACAAUGCGGAAGAAAAACUUAAUAAAGAACUUCUGUACUGUAGGGAGUCUUUCGAUGUGGAGAACCUUAUGGCAACCAUCGAAAAAGAUAAAGAAUUUGAUGCUAUAAAAGAUAAUGAAGAACGUCGUCGGCCAUCCCACGUUUGUUCUUACUGUGGGAAAAGCUUUGAUCGCCCUUGGGUGCUAAAGGGACACUUGCGACUGCAUACUGGCGAACGACCCUUUCCUUGUCCUUACCCGCAUUGUGGGAGGACGUUUGCUGAUCGUUCCAACCUCCGAGCACACCAGCGCACUCGGGGCCACCACUCGUGGCAGUGGCGGUGCCAAGUCUGCGGCAAGGCUUUCAGCCAGAAUCGCUACCUCGAGAGGCAUAGAGCUGACGCGUGCAAGAAGUAUAAAAUGAACACCCGUCAAGCCCACGCUAACUGUCAUUCAAAUAAAUCAGAUGUGGUCCCUCUUUACGGGAUGAUUUGUAACAGAAAUAUGUUACCAAAGCCCGCUAUAGAGGUCGCUAAGAGCGAUUGGAAUGAAGAGCCCAUAGACUUGUCUAUGGGUAAGAGGAAAGAAGAAGUUUAG